AUGAUUUCUUUAUCAACAGUAUGCCAACGGAUCAUGGAGAAACUGGGCCAGCAGCAAAAAGAGCAUACAGAGAGGCGUGUCGUCUGCAUCAGCCAAGACUCAUUCUACCGUACACUGACUCCGUCAGAGAGGCUCCGCGCCGAACGCGGGCAGUUCAACUUUGACCACCCAGAUGCGUUUGAUGAUAAGAAGCUCCUAACUGUGCUCAAAGACAUCCUGGCUGGAAAGAAGGUGGAGGUGCCGGAAUAUGAUUACAUCACAAAUGCUAUUCACCCUCACCGCUCGCACACCAUUUACCCGGCUGACGUGGUGCUCAUUGAAGGCAUCCUCGUGUUCUACUUCCCUGAAGUACGGGAGCUGUUCCACAUGAAGCUGUUUGUUGACACCGACUCCGACACCAGGCUCGCCAGGAGAGUGCCCCGCGACAUAAUGGAGCGCGGCCGCGACUUGGAGCAGGUCCUCAACCAGUACAUGAACUUCGUCAAGCCUGCCUUCGAGGAGUUCUGUCUGCCGACAAAGAAGUUUGCUGACGUCAUCAUUCCGCGAGGCGCAGAUAAUUUGGGUAAGUGCCUUUAAAUAUUUCUGACUGUUUUUUUAUGUAUUUUAUCCUAUGUAAUAAGU